GUCUAUUUAGUAGAUCGGUCUCAGUCCACAAAUGUGCGGAGUCGCGAACGAUCAAAAACCUACGCGCGCACAAAAUACGCGAAAUAAAACGAAACGUUUACCACACUCGAUAUGAUACUUUUAAUCACUUGUUCAUCGACCACCCUCCGCGAUCGGAAUUUACAUAAACCACGAGAACUCAUCAAACGGUGCAACCGUGUGCAUAGAUUACGCAAUCGUUUUCAACACCACCUAGUACAGUUACUCCGAUAAUUUCAGUCUCAGAACAGUGACCACUUCUAUGCUAGUUAGGUUUCUAUAUGUGCUGUGUUGAAAAACAAAACUGACAUUGGUGCUAUUUUAAAGUGAAUGCCACAGAAACGUGUUUUUGGCGAAAUGCCAUAUAUUAUUACGGCAGUAAACAAACAAAUUAGAGUUGUAUAAUAAAAUUGGCAUGUUUCAUAUUUUUAGUGCAGUGUUUACGCAGAUGAGUUCAAGCGGGAUAACGAUUGCGAAAUGUCGAAAAAAGAGGAAUCGAGUGAUAGUGAUGGCCCUAUAGUAAAUGACAAUGUAAUACGUAUUCAAUUACGGAAGCCGACCCACAGAAAAUGGGAAUUGCGGACGCGAAAUCUAUCCCCCGGGAUAAAGUUUCCCACUAUUCAGUUAUUCGACAGCGAAGGAAAUUUACUUGUGGAAACAAAUGAUGAAAACAUAUCAGUAAAGAGCGUAUGUUAUGAUGAAACUAGUUUAAAAAGUACUCAAUCACUAAGAGAAGAAUCUAAGCGAACAGUUUAUACACAUCCUAUACGAAAACAAAAUACUAUUUCGGGCGAUAGAAUUUACACGCGAAUAUACAAAGGGUCGGGGGUUAUUAGUAAUGAUAGAGAAAAAUGUGAUAAGAAUUUAAUUGUAGCACAUAAUAGUUCUCCAUACAUUCCAAAUAUACAGAGAGAAAACCGUAGCGUAGACAGUUUAAACUCAAUUCUUGACACUACGCCGUUUAUAUCAGAUUAUGAUGUAAGUAGUUAUAAAAGUUCAGAUAACGAAACAAACGAUGAUUUUAUUUGCGCAAAAAAUCACACACCAGAACAUUGCAUAAAGAAUGAAAUAUCUAAGGAAAUAUACGAAAAUAAUGUAAAUAAAGAUAAGGAAAAUAACGUAGCCGGCCUCCACGGAUCUCAAUCAUUUACGGAUCCGGUACCAAAAAAUCGUUUAAGAGAUACAGACGCCGUACAACGUUCCCAAUCUGGAAUUAUUUAUAAACCUCCGCCCAAUAAGGUUUCCUUUUUAAAUACUUACCUUAAAGGCAUAACCGCACGCAGAGCGUCCAAUACCGGGUUCAUUUUAAAAUCCCCAAUUAACGACUCUCCACAAAAUUCAUAUAAGACCAUAGAGUUUGUUCCUAAAUUAAACUGCGAGAGAUCCUUUAAAUCGGAUAUCACAGAUAAUGAUUUUAUUAAUAUUCCAACGGACGUAGCGGCUGAUUCCGUGAUGAAAAACCGCUUAAAAACAUAUCGGCGCGUUAUAUCAGAGAUCGAAAUGUACGAAGAAAGUACAAAUAUAUCUGGGAAGAAAAGACGCCAUUCAGUGAGUACAAUGCAGAUUAGCCAAAGUUCAUCCUCGGAAAGUGUAGACGAGGCGGAUGUGGUACUAAAUCGCUUGAGGCGCAGGAUAGUUAAGAAUAAGCUGAGGGAAAAACGACGUAAUGUCGGUACUAAGCUCCUUGAUAAACAAGAUCGCUAUCAGCGUGCGUCAUCGGAUGAGUGGCGCAAUGCGGGCCGCGGAGCCCUUGUGAGGUCCACCCUCGCAAUGGGCUCCAAUAUCAGCCAGCACUCUGCCAAGGGCCUGAAGGGACGCCGCGCACGAUCCAGCGGUGAUCUUUGUAAUGGCGAGACGAAAAGUCAAACAGAAUCCUCAGUAUGCGGCUCGGUUGUCGGCGAUGUUAUGGCCUGGAAUAGGUCUCUGCCAAACCAUCUGGAUGGAAACAGACAUCUAGCCGACUACAGUCGUGUGAAUAAUAACUAUGGGGAGUUCGCGACGUAUAGAUGUCAUCCGAAGGGUGGACGAGGACUUCGUUACAGGAUUUCUAAGUCCGGUUCCGACGCAGAACCGGUCUGGAAACUCCAGGACCCAGGCUUCGAUCAAGGUUAUGGAUCUGAGCGUUCGCCUGAAGAUGACUAUGUUCCUCCGAUACCACCAGCCAUUUCACUAGAAGAGUAUGAAGCGGGAUUGCGUGCCAUAUAUCCAUUUAUUACUGAUGAUAACUCGUUUACAGUAGUCGUGGAGAAAGACGGCCGGGGGCUUGGGAUGUCUGUGUGCGGGGGUGGGGGGUUGGUAAGAAUCAGAAGGCUGUACCCACCGCAGCCUGCUUGGAGGACCGGCCAGCUUGCACCAAAGGAUCUGCUGCUAUCUGCAAACGGUGUACCAUUAGCUGGACUAAGCACCUAUGAAGCCUUGGAGGUACUUCGAACAGCAGAAGCUCGGGUAGAAUUGCGCGUUUGCCGACCACCUAACGAUGUCUUAGAAAGUAUUACACCGCCGGACCCACCUACACCUCCGGCCAGAACUCCCCAUCCACCACACUUGCCGCUGGAUCCACUUAAUUGCCAUCCUUUACAUGCCAGGUUAUCACAAACAACAAGUAGCGCAACCACAUCUUCAUCUGAAGGGCGUGGACGACGGGAUGCGAGCCCUGAAGACAGACGCCACGACCUUCAGUUACCUGAUCUGGAUCGGCCUUUGCCAAUAUAUGAUAUUCAAUAUGGGGAGUUUGACAUAGUAAUGACAAAGGUGAAUGGUUCUUUGGGAUUUACCCUUCGUAAAGAAGAUCACAGCGCUUUGGGUCAUUACGUACGAGCCCUGGUGCGAGAACCAGCAUUGAGUGAUGGACGAAUACAACCUGGUGAUAGGAUCGUUGCGGUCAACGAUACAUCGAUGUCAAACAUGUCACACGCAGAUGCCGUGGCCUUCCUCAGGGCGUGUGGAUCAGAAGUCCGACUUCGCUUGUACCGGGAUCACGCUGCCACACCCCUCUCUCCCAUGUCACCGAAAGAGGAGGUCCCCACUGAUUCCGAACCACCAACUAAUAAGCAUAAACCUCCGUUACGAGCGGAAGCAGUGUCGAUGCUGUGUGACCUCGCCGCCCGUCGCCUCACACCAGACGCCGCAGACGGGUCUCGCUCGCCCUGUCUCUCACCACGAAAGUUCCGCAAACUAACUAAAGACAACAACCACUACGAACAGCCCAAUGAUUUGCCAAGAGGAAGUAGUGAAGAAUCAAAUUUAAUUGUAACCAAAAUAACAAAUUCAACUGUGUAUCUGGAAGAAGUUGACUCGGUAGAAAAUAUAACAUGUACGUGCCUUCCUCCACUUCCUAUUGAAUCUGAAGUGACACUUGAAGAUAUCGAUCAUCUUUUUCACGAAAAAGAAGAAAAAGUGGAUCGUGAUUUAACUGUCCCGCUAAGGCCGCCAAGAAAAAAAGCCACUAAGAAAUCUCAUGAAGUAUUAGGCAAACAAAAUUCAUUGCAAAUGGAUGAAAAACAACCAGCUGAAAAGAGACACAUAAGCUGUGAAGUGCGGGAUGACUUAUUUAUUUUAAAAUCAAAUUUAAAUGAGCUAGAACAAUUCUUAACUCAAUCAAUUAUUAAUUAUUCAAACUCACUUGGUCAGUUAUCCAGUGAAUCCAAAUCAUCCAGCAAUGUGAAAGAAGAGGAAAAUAAUAAAAUAUCACCAUUAGACCCAAAUGUAAUAGAAAACUAUUAUGAAAAUGUUGUUGGUCCUCUUAAUAUAAAAUUUGAACACGAACGCGAAGUAAAAAAGGAUACUUUAAUUGAUGAAACUUUAAAAAGUAGAAGUGGAGAAACAAAUAAAGACGAAUCUCCCUUACAACCGCUUCCUUGUACAUGUUCUUUCACUUUGGAAGAGUUGAGAAAAUUUCAUAAAGAUGGACUUUUACCUUCAUCAAUCAAAGAUGGUAAACAAGACGAUCCAAUGUUUUUAGAUGGACCUGAACAAUCAACUACCAAUUUAUCAAUAAGUGGCGAACUUUUAACAAAAAAUAAACACAUACCCAUACAAAGAUCAAAAACGCAGAGAUUUACAAGAUCGCACUCUAUCCGAAAGCGUCUUCUUUCGAAAAGAUUUAAAUCUAAGACGAUCAAUGGACCAAUAUAUUUGGACAAAAAGGCCGAAGCAACUCUCCUCGAUCAAAGUAUCAGCCAAUCGGUAGGCGAUAAUAAAACUGACAGAUCCGAAGAGGUUCAACAAACAGUAGUCGACACAGUCAUAGAUUGUAGACCAGAAAGACCAAACUUUUUAGUCAUAGGUGCAACGGAAGAAGCAAAAACGGAUAUUCAAUUAGAUGAAGUGGCUCAUGGAACAAAACUAAAAAAGCCUGUGCUCACAAGUCCCACGACUCCGCCCUCAUGUAGAGACCAAAAGCUAAGCCUGACAGUAAUACCUCAGAACUAUGAAUUAAACAACUUGGAUAACGAUACUCUAGAUGCGCCAAACGCAUAUCAGGAGCAACAAAGAUUCGAGCCGGCGUUUCAAGUUGAUUCUGAUGAACCGGCGUCGAUGCCAGCCGAGCUAUCAAGCGAUGAGCGAUUCAAGCACUCGAAUCCGACGUACCAAAGUGCGGUUUUACAUAGCUCUACUACCGACAGUGCGUCAGAUAAAGACGAUGGAAAUGCUUUGAAAAAGUGGAAAGGUGUCGCAUUAUCGCCAGAUAACGAGAGAAAGAUUAAACCACUGGUCACGGAUGCAAUACCAAAGUCCAAAAUUGACACCGUCCAGAAAGAAAACAUAAACCCUGAACCUCCAGUCGAGUCUGAGAGCACUGAACCUACGAUAGUGACUGUAGAACUGAACCGCGGGUGGAACAGUCGUCUGGGGUUCAGCGUUCAAAGCCAUCCUGAGUCAGGGCAGAGUUACAUCUCUGCGGUCUAUAGCGACAGCGUCGCCGCGCGGGACGGUCGGCUGAGACGUGGUGACGUCAUACUUCAGGUAAACGAUGAAAAUGUAACAUCUAUGAAGACACCAGAAGUUAUAGACUUACUCAGAAUUUUACGAGGCUCCAUAUGUAUCACAGUUCUGAGACCGAAUACACAAUAAUGGCACAAAAAUAUUUAAGUGUAUUUCCAAUAAAAUAUUGCACUAAAGUCUAUAAUUAAAUUUUAAAUAUAACCUUGAAAAUAGCUAUUUACAGUAUUAAUCUUAUAUGCGUCUAAUGCAUUAAAUAAUUAUGACAAAAUAUAUAAUAUCAAUAUAAUGUAAUCUCCCUUAGAAGUAAAAAUUGAAAUAUUUUUAAAUAGCAAAUACACAAGUCUAGCAUAAUCAGCAAAGUCGCUGUGUGUGUGCCUUGGAGUUUAAGUUCCUUAUACUGUUGAGAUGUUAAAAAUAUUUGGAAUUGAUCUCUAUAGUAUUGGUACUUACUAUAUUCUAAUAUUCAAUAAGGGCUGAGCAUUGGGAAAAAUAUAUCUAGACCUCCGUCAGAUUACCGGUCUACGUAAUUCUAGAAAUUUAUCGAUCUUACUGGGAUAAAUCAUCAAACUAUGAAAUAUUAAUAAGUCUCGUUACUAUUAUAUAUUAUAAUAUUGUAGCAUAAACAUACAAAAAAUUAACAUAUUUACUAUCAAAUGUUGAAAUCUUAAAACCUAAAAUAUUUAUAAAAAUAAGUUAAGGUUAUAAAAGCACAAUUCUAGAUCAGAUAUUAGGAACAAUGCACGAAUCAAAUAUUUGAAUCACUUAAAAUUAUAUGGAAUUUUCUAAGCAUUACUCACAUAUGUCAAAAAAUAUUCAACACUAUAGUAUAGAUUUUUUGACAUACGAAAGUCAUUGUUGGCGCUAAGUCUUGCUUCUGAACCUUACCAUCAAUGUCAUGUCAGUUAAAGUAGAUGAGUAUAAUUAAAAAGUAAUAAAGAGUUGAUGCUUUUAUUGUUAAGUGAGUAAUGAAUUGCAGUUCGUGAAUCGCUUUUGCGAAGAUAAUCAUAAUUUUAUUCUGGUUUUAACCUAAAAAAUUCUUAACAUUCAUCUGGCAUACCUUCCUUUCAUAGUAUAAAGACAAAAUAUUUACUAGUAUUCAUAACGGUUUCAGAACUAUGAUAUUUAAUCUAAAUAAUAAGAAGUUUAUUAUUCACUAUUUAUAUAAAUGCAUAUAAAAUACCUGAGAUGGCGGUAUAAUGUUGUCGCGGAAUAGAUAAAGUUCGUUGACACCGCAAGAGCUAUAAGUGUAAGCUAUCACACUUCAUAGUAUUUUGAAUGUUGCCAGCUUUUUUAUUUAUUCCGUGUAUGUUAUAGAAAUAUUAAAUCUACUGUUUAAGAGAGAACGUGUCCUACAGUGAUGUUGAUACGAGAUUCACCGAAAUCUAUUAUCUAUAAUCUUAUUGCAAAGUAUCCCCAUAUCUUAUGUUCUCUUUAUGAUUAUUUGAUACAUCUCGCCUAUUAUGAAAGCAAACUAAAGCCGUAAUGCAAAUAGCAUGGUAAAGGUUUUCCAAACAGUUUUCUUCGAUGUAUCUUGUAUUUACAGAGGUCUCUGCACGAAUAUCAUCGAAUCUAACAGAAAAGAGGUUUUAAUCAAACAUUUUGACAGUCAAAAGCUGAAAUUAUGGUAUUGAAGUAUACGUAAAAUUCGUGCUAAGACCUCAGUUUGUUGAUUAUGUGUAUAAUGCACGACUACAAAUCAACAGUAACAUUUACUAUUAUUUAUAAUCAAACGAUUAUCAAUUUUUUAUAGUAUGUAAAUAAUUAUGAAGUAGGUAGUUGAAAUGUAGCCUUAGAAUUUCAAAAUGAAUCUAAAUUAUAUAAAUUCUAGUCAUGUCAGAAUUACAAUUUAUAAAAUUAAAAUUUCUAGAUAUUACAAAUAUUUACCUAGGUGUUAUAAAUUAAAAGAUUUUAUCGACAAAUCUAUAUUAUAUGUUGACCGAAUGCACGAAAUCAUAAAUUAGGAGGUAUUUUGCAUGAACUUGCUUCUGUAUGUUUAAAUCAGUUACGGCUAUGAGGGCCUUGGUAUUCUAGUUUUAUAUUAAAACAAUGGGAAAUGUAUGAAAAAUCUAUAAAACAUAUAUAAAAUUAGAAAUAUCCACCAUAUUCACCUUUAUUUGUAUUCCAAAAUUCUCAAAUGUACAAUAAUAUUUUAAUAUAUGAUAUUUAAGGCCCAUAAUUAUAUAAUUUAUCGUUUUUAUCUUUAAUAACACGAAAAGAUCGUGAAACCUUUUGUUUUUUCAGUGUUGGAAUACAGAUUAUAUAGUUAUUCAAUUUACAUAAGAUUUUUUCAUAACAGUAUUGAAAAAUAUUCUCUUAAAUAUAAUAGAGUCCUACUAAGUAUAACUUUUAGAUAUAUGAGAACCUGCAGAUUGAACGAAACAAAACUGAUAUUCUAAAGUUAUUGUGAUGAAUUUGUGUUAGAUGUAACAGUUAGAAUAAACUAGAAAUUUAUAGACGUCUGCAGAAAUGCUAGAUUUUAGUCAUUGAAAUAUCUAUAAGUAUAAGGUUUUAAAAAGACCUCACCUAAAAGUGUUAUUGGAUUAAUGUUUUAUUGCUUUAUUGACAUUUAAUUUCGAUAUAUUACAUCCUAUUUUCAUACAUAAGUAUUAUAAGAAAUUUCAUGAUCGAACUGUCUAUAAUUUUGUAUUUUGCGCCAUCUAGUGUUGUGCCAGAAAAGCAAUAACACUUUGCCUAUAUUUACUAUUAACUAGAGCUAGACCGAUAUUAGAUAAAUUUAUCGUAAUAAUAAGUACAUAAAAAUAAAACACUUAUUCCUUAAAUAUGAAUUCGUCUCAUUUGUGGUGUUUAUUUAAAAUGUAAAGCGGUGCUCAAAAUGUAAUUAUAAUUUUGUCGUGGGUUUGUCAAAUGCGUAGAUUAAUAGGUAGUAUAUAGUUUGGCAAGAUUUU